AUGGGGUGCGGAUGUGUUUCGCAGCACCAGGUGGGAAUUCCUGGUCGGGGACCUCGCCAGUUUCUUUACACAGCAACAGACAAGGAAUUUGUUUCCACGUUGGACAAAGAGGAGCUCAAGGACAAAAACUUGCUGUUAACUUAUUUUCGACUCGAUCACGAGGGACAUUUCGUUGUUACAGAUGGAUUUCGAGACCUAGUUCGCCGAAAAGGCGUCCCAAGGAGGUAUCGAUGGCGCGCUUGGCGGGCACUCACAGGGUGGAGCGCGCUUUCAAAGCCAGGCUGGUACGAAAGGAUCAUGCGCAAAGCCCCCGACAGCAAGACGGUGGAAGCCAUCGAAAAAGAUCUCGACAGGACCUUCCCUGGCCUAGAAGAUUUCGACGACAGGAAGAAGCGAGAACUUGCAAACAUGCUCCGAGCACAUGCCGGUCUCUUCCCGAGCGUGGGCUACUGUCAGGGCAUGAACUUUGUUGCUGGCUUCCUCCUCCUGGUGGCUGGAAGAGUUCCAGAUGCCUCAAAGGACGCGUUCUUUCUUCUAGUGCAAAUGAUGGUCAAGUACCGGGCAAACCUCUUGUUCUGCGACGGUCUCCCUCUUCUGAAGCUUCACACGUUCCAGUAUCGCACUUUGCUUCAGCGAUUGUUCCCAGACGUCCACCGACAUUUCAUGGAGAAUCAAAUUACGCCUGAGCUCUAUUUAACCAAGUGGAUUCUCACAGUUUUCACCCAGCCUCUUUGUUUUGAUGCCGCGGCCCGUGUUUGGGACCUCAUUGUCUGCGACGGCUUGCAGGCAGUAGUCCUGAUCGGCCUCGGCAUUGUAAAGCUGCGGAGAUCGAGGCUCCUGCAAGAAGAUACAGAAGGCAUCCUCGACAUGCUAAGCAUGCGCGAUGGCGAGCCGCUUGCUGGAGGCGACAUCGUAAAAGCAGCUUUGGCCCUCGAAACGCAGAUUGCGCCUGGUAGCAUCAGCGAUGGGACUGGUGUGAGGCCGAGCAAGCUAUUCGCAGAGUGGGAGACGGCUUGUCCCGCUGAAGUGGAAGAUUUUCACAGGGCAGAGGCCGAGAUCUGCACUAGCAAGGAUGAUUGGUACCAAUCAGAGUCUCAAGACUCAGAUGCCGUCGUCAGCAUAGGAGAGGGCGGGUGGUGCGAUGAGAGUGCUGAGCGAGCCAAUGUCGCAGGAGCUGUGAGGUCGGAUGCGGGCUGCCCCAGCAUAGCUCCCGUCUGCUCCGGGAUGCAGGAUCAAGUCUCCCUAGCUGCAGAGGAGCCAGGACUGGCUGAUGAGGAAGGUGGACCAGUUGUGUCUCAUCCCAUCGCAGCGGAGGCGAAGGUCGCUGUGAACCCUUCAAUGCCUCUGCGAAAGCCAUCCAGGGCCACAGCUGGGUCUCGACUGAACGGCGGCAAGCGUUCUGAGAGCGAUCGAGGUCGAGCCCCAGGCAACCCCAAGCGUUCAUCCUCCUUGGGACGUCUAGUCGGGCCACUUCAGUCUGGGGGGCCCCUCAUGUGUGAGGAGGAUCCGCUCUACAACUCGCCCAAGUUUGUUAGAAGCGGCACAGGCUCGAAGACAAAGCUUAGCGACGGGACCGAGAUGCGCCGCGAGGAGGCUGGACACCGCCGAGUAGGCGGCAAUCCAGGCCGUGAAGCUGGGGCUCGCACGCUCAAGGCGUCUGGUUCACCCCCCGCGCCAGCGCCUGACAUCCGCCGUGGCAACAGAUCUGCGCCUUCCAGAUCUUCCAGCAACCAGUCUUGGACAUCAAAUUUAGUCGGCAGAAGCCGCAGUGGACUUGACCUCGAGGUUGCGGACGAACAUCGAGGUUUGGAAUGCAAAGCAAUUCCGGUUGCGCGUAAGUCUCGCACAUCCCCGGUGAGUUCAACCAGUAAAUUGCCACCGUCUCCGGCGAUGAGUUCCCGCGAGAUUCUUGAGGACCUGUCGAUGCACGGCCGGACCUGGCCGGAGCAGAUGGCAGGGCUCGUCGGUGGAAAAGACACUAAGGCUGACACUCCCAUCUCUCCAACACAGCGAGCUCCUUUUACGCGCACCAGGUCAAGGAAUGACCACGAAGACCUCGAACCACCGCCAUCUGCAAGGAUCGACAGCUCUGAGCAAAGUGCCAACAAGUCUCCUCAGUUUUGGGAUACAGAGGAUCGCCGGGUCCGCAGCUUAUCUCCGCGAGCCGGAGAUCGAAGCCAGUCUCCCUUGGACGCGGGCAGGACAGCUUGUCUUCAGUCAUUAACCACGUCAAAGCACAUUCUUGUGCUCAUGCUGAAGCAUCUGGAUGCAAGCAGAGCUGUGCUCUCAGCUACAUGCCUCCGGGUCACUUGA